AUGACAUCUAGGGAUCAUCUAUCAACUAGCCAGGCCAGCGAGGCAGCCAUGGGCCAACCGUCGUUUCAAGCCUCAAACGCCUUGAUUUAUCUUACCUACGGUGCAUUCCUGAUCGUUGGCCUCUAUAUCGCAUGGCGGCUUCGAAACCAGACCAAGGGCCAAUUUCUGUCCAGUAACGGAACGCAAAAGGCUCUACCGCUUGCCUUGAACUUCAUUGCUUCGGCCAGGUUCGUAUCAGAGAAUUCAAGUUCGGUGCAUAUUGUCCUGGAUGGCUUCAGUUGGAAUGAUAUCCAGCUCUCCAGGACGAUACGCACUGCGGCAACACUACGGGUGCUGAUUGUGGCACUGGACGAUUCAUUGACGAUCCAACUCCAGUCUUGCUCUGAGGAGAUCGUUGAUUCCACACUUGGAUCCGGCAUUCUCUUUACAUACCCUGAGAUUGCUACUAUUGCGGGUGUUCAGGGGUUGGUCGUAUAUGGACUCUCGUCAGCACUGCCUCUACUGGCAUUUGCCUUUGUUGGACCGAUCAUUCGCAGGAAGUUCCCUGAAGUGCUGAUCACUCUCUUCUUGUACAUGGUUGCUGAGCUCUCUGCAUUGCAGCAGAUUGUCACUGCUCUUACUGGACUCGAUGGCCUCCCAGCUGUCAUCGUCCAGGUGGUCGUGACAACCAUCUACACCUCUCUCGGUGGCUUCCAGGUCUCCUUCUUAACGGAUAACAUCCAGGGCGGGAUGGUCGUCGGUCUUAUCAUCAUUGCCGUCAUCACCGUCGGUGCUAGAACGAAUAUCGACAAAUCACUUAUCGAUUCCUCAGGUCUUCUAAAACCAACUCUACUUGGAUGGCAGCUCAUUUACAUCUUGCCGGUUGCCAUCCUGACCAACGACUUCUUCCUGUCGAAUUUCUGGCUUCGGACAUUUGCUUCAAAGACAGAUCGAGAUCUACGCAUCGGAAUCUCCAUUGCGAGCUUCGCCGUUCUCUGCAUCCUGGUCCUGGUUGGAUCUACUGGCCUUUUGGCUGCAUGGUCUGGUGUAUGGCCUGGCGACCCGCCACAAGCGGGCUCAAUUGCAUUCUUCCUCCUUCUAGAGAAGCUACCAAGCUGGGUCGUUGGAAUCGUGCUGGUGAUGACGGUCUCCCUGAGCACGGCUGCAUUUGACAGUCUUCAAUCCGCCAUGGUCAGCACUGCCAGCAAUGACAUCUUCCAGAACAAGCUGCCCUUGAUAUAUGUCCGUAUCGGAGUGGUCCUGUGCAUCAUCCCAGUUGUCGUGGUUGCCCUUCGAUCUCCUAGUGUCUUGCAGAUAUUCCUCAUCUCCGACCUAGUAUCGGCCUCUGCCAUACCCGUACUUGUCCUUGGCCUGUCCGACAAAUUGUACUGGUGGACAGCUUUUGAGGUGAUUAUAGGUGGGCUAGGUGGGAUUCUCUCUGUUUUCAUAUUCGGCACAAUUUACUACGGCAACGCUACUGAGGGAGGGAAAUUGAUUCUUUUGCAAAACGGCCUCUAUGCUAAUGAUUGGAGUGCAUUCGGUAUUAUUACUCCUACCCCUUGA